AGGCAGGCAAGGCGCCCCGCGUUUUCCAUGCGGCGUAGUUGCACGGGUCCGCCUAUUCUCCCCGAGCCUGUGGCUCCAAGAUCUUUUCCACACCCACGCGCGCCCCAUCCCCAUCCUCCUGGAUCGGAGGCUCGGCUGCUCCGCCGCCUCCGUGGGCCAAGUCCCGGGCACGCGUGGAGCCCACCCUGCACGGCCGGAAGGAGCGGGGCGGGGCCUCCAGGCUCCCAGCUGGGCCCGAACCCGCUCGGGGAAGCCAGCGUGGGGCCGACUGUUUUUUUAGGCAAAAAGCAAAAGGCGGGCGGGCGCCAGACUGCCUCCCCAGGCUCUCCUUACUUGCAAUUCCUUCCGCUCGGCUGAAUCGGGAGUCGCGAUCUCCAGCACAGCAGUGCUUACAACCUUCCACCUAGACACUGAUGGAAAUCCUCCUUGGGUUGCAAUACCUGGCCUUCAUAAAGUCUGUCCUUCAAUCAGAAAUUCUAGGAGCACCAUGGUGUGUCAUUGGAAAAGAUAAUGGUGCACAAGUAGACAAUAUAUAUGGAUACUAAAUAAAGUGUAUGUAACAGUGCUCAUCUCCUUUCAUGUAAAAAAAGAUCUGCAACAUUCUCACCAGCACGGAGCCCAGUAGCAGGAUGUGCCACAGUUUUUCCUACCUGCAAAGCAGGAUCCAGGACCUGCUGAGAGAAAGAGUCAUUCAUUGGGCCCUUCAACAGCCCAAUUUCAAAAGCUUACUUCCGUUAACCAUCCAUUGACACCAUACAGACUCCAAGCCUCUGAAUUGUGCUUGACGACAACAUGGAGAUGAUUUUGCCUGUCCCUGGACCAAUGGGGGGCCGGCCCGUGGUCGCUAGGAGACAGAGCAGGAGCCGCUGUACCCGCCAUUUUGAGCGGUUGCGACCAACUGGUACCUUCUUGACCGGCCUGAGCCGCACCUUACCACGCCACAGCCCACCGCAGCGCUAGACGGGGCGGAGACAGCGCACCCCAGCGAUACCAUGUCCGGGCAGAGGAGCCGGGAAGGGCCCUCUGAUCACCAGAGGCGCAGACGCACCCGCAGCCGCACCGCCAGAGCGGACCUGACCUUCUCGGUGAGCCAGCUGGAGCGCCGCCUGCUGGACGGCCACUACUCGCAGCGCCUCAGCGCCAACGCGCCCGUGUUCCUGGCGGCCAUCAUCCAGGACCUGACGGCCACCGUCCUGGAGCUGGCGGGCAACGAGGCCCAGAAGAUGGGCUGCCGACGCAUCACCCCGCAGCUGCUGGACAUGGCGAUCCACAACAACGCGCUGCUCAGCGGCUUCUUCGACAACAUCACCAUCUCCGUCAUGAGCCCGGGAAUGCAGUAGCUUCCCAACAUGACCCGGGGGCCCAGGCCUCCACCCCUCACAGCCCAGGCGGCCCGGGCCUGCUGGCGCCUUGGGCACAGUUA